AAUUCCAAAAGAAAACGGUAAACCAUCAAUAGCAAAAGAUAUUAAACUCUGGAAGAAUGAAGAAUUGUCAAAUUUUUCUCUUCAAGAUCUUCAAGACCGUGCAACCCGCGAAAUUGGGAGAAUUAUGCCGAUCAUAACGUCGGUCAAAGACUACAGUCGAGUUUGUCCGCUUUACGCCGCCGUUUUGCAUGAUCAUUGUCGAGAGUCAAAUAAAGAAAUCAGUUUAAUUGUUCUUCCGUUCAAGAAACAGAAUAAACGAAUCGCAAAUGGUGAGAGGCUGAUGCUCAAUGCAUGUAGAGACUUGCCGGGAGUUUUCUAUCAUCACUUGGGACAUGCCCCUUCUGCCUGUAUUGAAAACAAAUUUCUUAACCUUCACAGUAAUCCUUUGAAAGUACUUUCAUCUCCUGCAGAAAUCGUUUAUUCUGCUAUCGAGAGAAUUCCAUUGGUGGUAAAUCGAUAA